AUGGAGAGCUCAAAGACCCUGACGCAGGAGCCCAGAUCGAAGUCAGCUUUGUGGGAGGGCCCACCGCAAUACGACUAUGUCUGCUUUGAGAAAUGCACCCGUUACGGGAUACCUUUGGAGGCAGGACGCGAGGCCCGGGGGACAGGGGACGACCAGCACUACCUGGAGAACUCCUCCCUCAGCUACCCACAGCUUUAUGGCCAAUACACAGAUCAGAUAACCAACUUCGCAGAAAAGGAAGCAGCAAAACUACUGUACAAGAAGCAGAACAAUGAAAGACCCCUGAAACGUGAGAGUCAAGUAGAGAUCAAAGAAGAGCACUAUUCCAAAUGUCAAGACUGUGCUAGACGCAUCCAGAAAUAUGUUACCAAGAAGCUUGGAGAGGACUGGAUUUUCCUGGUUCUCUUGGGUCUGGCCAUGGCGUUGGUGAGCUGGGGAAUGGAUUAUGCCAGUGCGAAGAGCCUACAGGCCUACAAGUGGAUGUACCGAGAGCUGCACCCGAAUGUUCCUCUGCAGUAUCUGGUGUGGGUCACAUACCCACUUGUUCUUAUUCUGUUUGCGGCCAUUUUCUGCCACCUCGUCUCUCCACAGGCUGUUGGGUCUGGAAUCCCAGAGGUGAAGACCAUAAUGAGGGGAGUGGUCCUCAAGGAAUAUCUCACUCUCAAAGCUUUUGUGGCCAAAGUUGUGGGCCUCACGGCUGGGCUUGGAAGUGGCAUGCCUGUGGGGAAAGAGGGUCCUUUUGUGCAUAUUGCCAGUAUCUGUGCUGCAGUACUCAGCAAGUUCAUGUCAGUCUUCUGUGGUGUGUAUGAGCAGCCAUAUUAUUACACGGAUGUCCUGACUGUGGGUUGCGCCGUGGGGGUCGGCUGCUGCUUUGGGACACCACUUGGAGGGGUCCUUUUCAGCAUUGAGGUCACUUCCACUUACUUUGCAGUGCGCAAUUAUUGGAGAGGUUUCUUUGCAGCUACCUUUAGUGCCUUCAUUUUCCGAGUCCUUGCUGUUUGGAACAAGGAUGCAGUUACCAUCACAGCCCUGUUCAGAACAAACUUUCGCAUGGAUUUCCCCUUUGAUCUGCAAGAGCUGCCAGCGUUUGCUGUAAUAGGGAUAUGUUCUGGAUUCCUUGGAGCAUUUUUCGUUUAUCUCAAUCGCCAAGUGGUCCUAUGCAUCCGGCGUCACACGGCUCUGAGCCAGUUUCUCACCAAAUACCGCCUCAUAUACCCUGGGGUUAUAACCUUCCUUAUAGCAACUAUGACUUUUCCUCCCGGAUUUGGGCAGUUCAUGGCAGGAGAGUUGAUGCCACGGGAAGCCAUCAGCUCUCUCUUUGAUAACUAUACCUGGGCAAAAUUCACAGGGGAUCCUCAGAUCCUAGGGAAAUCUGCUGCCUGGAUCCAUCCUAAAGUCAGUGUUUACAUCAUCAUCCUGCUCUUCUUCGUCAUCAAGUUCUGGAUGUCUGUCAUUGCUACCACGAUGCCAAUCCCCUGUGGAGGCUUCAUGCCUGUUUUUGUUCUAGGUGCUGCAUUUGGGCGUCUUAUUGGGGAAAUCAUGGCAUCGCUUUUUCCCAAUGGGAUCCUCUUUGAUGGUAUCGUUUACCAAAUCUUACCUGGAGGGUAUGCUGUCAUUGGUGCAGCAGCUCUGACAGGAGCAGUGAGCCACACUGUCUCCACUGCUGUGAUCUGCUUCGAGCUGACAGGUCAGAUCUCUCACAUCCUCCCCAUGAUGGUGGCUGUCAUUCUUGCCAACAUGGUGGCCCAGAGUCUGCAACCCAGCCUCUAUGAUAGCAUCAUCCAGGUGAAGAAGUUGCCCUACUUGCCAGACCUGGGCUGGAAUCCCAUAAGCAAAUACAAUGUUUUUGUUGAGGAUAUUAUGGUCCAAGAUGUGAAAUUCGUCUCCUCCAACUGUAAAUACCGAGACUUGCAAACUCUACUCCAAAGCACCACCGUUAAGACUUUGCCUUUGGUGGACUCACCAGAAACCAUGAUCCUUCUGGGGUCUAUAGAGCGAUCUGAACUGCAGACUCUCCUCCAGAGACAUAUAAGCCCAGAACGGCGACGGCUCCUCCACAGAGAAAUGCAGCAGAAGCUGUCUGAGUCACCCUACGAUGGGCACAGCAAGGGGCCGUGGGCAACCCUGCCAAAGCUGAAGCACGAAUCUUUUGCUUAUGUUGACGAGGAUGAGGAUGCAGAUGAGAAGGGAGAGCUACCUCGGCCCCCAAGUCCCACUCCCAGUUACCCAGAGGAGCCCAAUGGCCCAACAAGUCCUCUUAAACAAAUACCUGAAACUUUGGAGCCACAGCAACUCCCAGGCAAUUUCAGGAGUCUGAGGCAACUGAUCCAACAGCUCUUGUGCCACUACAACCGUCCACUUGAAACAGAGAGCGCCGGCCAGGAGCCUGAGGAAGUAGACACAAUGAAGCCAGAAGAGAUAGAUGCUUGGGAACAGGAGGAGCUCAACAAGAAUGUGUGCUUUGACAGCUGCCGCAUAGACCCUUCUCCUUUCCAGCUGGUGGAAAGAACUUCCCUGCACAAGACACAUACAUUGUUCUCAUUGCUGGGCCUCAGCCAUGCCUAUAUAACCAGCGGGGGGAAGCUGAGGGGAGUGUUGGCUUUGGAAGAGCUCCAGAAGGCAAUAGAGGGUUCCACACGCUCUGGGGUUCGCCUCCGCCCACCCCUCGCCAGUUUCCGCGAUACCAACCGGGCUUCCAUCAGCGGUGAGGUCAGGCAGCCCGCCCAGGUGUGGAGCCGGCAGGACAGCGGCACGGCGGCGGCACAGCAAGCGGCGGACUCGGGCACAGAGAGCCCACUGCCCCCCUGCUCACACUCCCCCCAGCCCUCCCAUUCGCACGAAGAAGGGGAGGUCCCGUGCUCCACUUAUGCCACCGAUACCGAGUUGGAAGAGAUGGAGCUCACAGGGCCAGCUGCUGAAAACAUCUCAGACAUCCUCAAGGACAUAAGCCUACGCUCCACUGACCUGGAUGUGGAUGAAGAUGAGGAUGAGGAUGUGCCCUUAUAGCCGGUGUGAGGGGAGUAGUCCGGCUGGGGAGUUGAAUCAGUC